UACCGCCAUAUCUCGCCAUUUAUCGUAACGAACUUCGUUUGUUUACGAGUAAAGUCGGAAUUCUAAUAAUAGCGGAUAUCCCCGGUCACGUGGUAGUAUUCCCCAAGAAAAUGACGUAAUUUCCGUAGAUAUCUAACAUGGCGUCUCACAGUCGUGAUACGCUGGGGCGAUUCAAAAAAAGUGUAAAAAGAUGCAGAAAACCUAAGUAUUCGGACUUAAUCAUUGAACACAACUAUAGUACAGGUAACCAGUAUUUCGGGGCAACCAACAAAGCAGCAUCUCUUCCUAAAUCGGUUGAUACUGACGGUUGGAAGGAGGGAAGGAGAAUCGUUGAGUUUGGCGUUCUGCUGUCAAAUCUUAGAUCUUGCAAAAAGUGUCGACUUGGACCGGUGCCGUUAACAUUUGACAACGUGUUAGGUGAACUUAAAAAGGGUGUGUCUGGAUAUUUGUAUGUGAAAUGUCAAAACAUAGAAUGCGGUCAUGUGAAUUGUGUUCCCUAUGGAAAAACACAUAGAUUGAAGACCUGUACUGGGAAAGUUGGAAUGCCAUGUUUCGUUGUCAACACAAAAUUAGGAACAGCAAUGAUUGAUAGUGUAGGUGGGCCGGUGAGGGUCAACAAUUUGUUGUCAACACUCAAUAUACCCACAAUUGGAAAUAAGAACAUGAAAAAAAUGGAGAGACGUGCUGGAAAUAUUAUUGAGACAGUGGCUUCCAUGUCGACAGAAUCUGCUGCAAAAGAAACAUUUAUCAAGGAAAUGGAGGAUGUGCGUCAUGAAGAAUCAAUGCUAUCAGAACACAACAUGGAAGGUCUUAUUGAAGAUCUUGGCGUAUGUCCUUUGCCAGAUGCCUCGCCAGCACUAAAGUCUAUUCUUCAGUCAGAUGCUAAAGUUACAAAUGACAGUGAAUGGUCAGAUGUAGACAAUUGUGAAGAACAAUCCACAACAAUACAUGAUCAUCAAACGAAAAUGCCUAUGAAACUUUCUCACAGACAGUCAAAGUUUAAAAACAAAAUCAGAAGUGGUCCACAUCUUGAAAAACCCCACAGCAGAUUAAGACUUUCCCCGAAAUUUCCCUGUAAAACUCGCAGUGGUAUGUCCUGUGCAGUAGAUACUGCCUGGCAUAAAAGAGGAUUUGACAGUUUAACAUCCCACACUUUCUUCAUGGGAAAAGCAAAGUAUGGAAAGAAAGUUUUAAAGACAAUAGUAAGCCACCGUACGUGUGGAACAUGUAAAUGGUGGAAACGUAAUAGACCGGGUCAUCAAGUAAGAAAACAUAGGUGUGUGCAUACACACAGUGGAAGUGCCAAACUCAUGGAAAGUGUAAGUGGCGAGCAGGGUGUUAAAGAACUCAUAGAACAAGGUACACCUGUAGAAUACCUCGAAGGUGAUGGGGACAACACACUAAUAGCUUGUUUGAAAGGGAACUUAAAUUUAACAAUGAAGAAACGAUUUGAUAAAAAUCACAUUGUGAAAAAUGUUGGAAAGCGAUUAUAUCAAUUGGCUGCAGAGAAAGGAAUUAAGUUGAGCAAAAAUGUUAUUAUUCACAUUCAGAAAUGCCUGAAAUAUGUAUUCUCCAAAAACCAAGGUGAUCCAGUUGGAAUGGAGGACAAUCUAAAGGCAGUUAUUCCACAUCAGUUUGGGGAUCACUCUUUCUGUCAGUCCAGAUUUUGUGGAUAUAAAAGAAAGCCUGGUGAGAAGUACUCCCACAGAAGUCUGCCAUAUAAGAUCCCUCUGAAAGAUGAAAACCUUCGAUCAAGACUUGAAGUGAUUUUUCAACCUCUUUUAUUAAAUGCUACACAGUAUGCUGACCUAGGUUCAAGCCAGCAGUGCGAACAUGGUAACAGAGAAGUAACACUCCGUGCACCCAAGUCUUUACAUUAUGGCAAUUCAGAAUCCCUUGAUCACCGUGUACAUGCUACAUCUGCUUUCAUCAAUGAGGGGAGAAAGAAUAUUGUCCAGGCAAAUGAAACAGCUGGGUUGUCACCUGGGGUACACACUGUGAAAUAUGCUGAAAAGUGUGCACAACACAGAAAGAGGUCAUCGGAAAAGUCAAUGUUACCUUCAACAAAACGUAGGCGUCUCAUUUUAAAGCAGGAACGAGCUAUCACCCAGGGUGCUCAAGAAGCCUUAGAGGGAAUUUCCUAUCAAUCAGGCAUUGGUCAUGAACAUGAUGUUGAUGUAGACAAACUUCCCGAUGCAGUUCCUCGAGGAGAUUUUAAACCUGUGAUGCCAAUAACAACAACUGCGCAACAAGUGACUGGCAUUGUGGUUACUGAUUCAUUUAUGAAGGUUCAUGGAACUUUAGUGGAAUCUUUGCCUAUCAAGGAAGCCUUACAUCAGUUCAUAAAAUGGCUAGAAAGCAAGUCAAAUGUUUUCCUUAUUGCCCACAAUGGUAGGCGGUUUGACUUUCCCGUCCUCUUAUCUGUUUUAAAGACAGUGGAUUUUCUAGAUUCUUUUUACUAUUGUACCCUGGGACUUAUUGACACUCUUCCAGUUUUUAAAAAGGUUUUUCCUGGUGAAUCCCAUAAACAAGAAGAUUUAGUGGUUCGUCAUCUUCAUACUACGUAUAGUGCACACAAUGCUAUAGAGGAUGUUACAUUUUUACGUAAACUCCUUAUGUUUACAAAGUUGUCAAAGCAGGAAAUUAUCAAAUUCAGCUUUUCACCAAAAGCCAUGUACAAUUCACUUAUGUUUAACAGGGAGAAAGCCAAGAAUAUCAGAAGUUUAGAUAUCCUGAUUUCAAGUGGUAUUUGCAAGUUAGCCACAGCAGAGAACAUAGCUGGGUCUGGACUAAACUUCAAUCAUCUUCAGAGAAUAUACUCACGUGAAGGAGAAGAUGGACUUCUUAUUACCUUUACAGUUAAAAAUUCUGAAUGUCAACCAAGAGUGACAAACUCAAAACGUGUUCUAGAAGCUAUAAUACCUAAACUGGUAGACUUAUUUAGGAAAAGUGAGUGAACUGUAAAUCAAACAGGAAGACUUAUGGAAAAGUGAGUGACAUUACAUAUAGAACUGUAAACAAAGGACCACA